AUGCCUCCCAAGCGCAAAGCAGCUGAAUCUGCCACCGAGCGAACCACUAAAGUGCGGCGAGCUAGUGCCAAAGAGGCGCCCAGUACAAAGCCCGUGAAAUCUGCCCCUGCCGCCAAAAAAGGUGCGAAAGACAAUACGAAAGUGACUACUACACCUUCCGGACUGGAUCCAACUACAUUUACUCUCGAACGGGUCCAGGCAAUGUUCGAUAAAUACACGGAUGAAGAUGACAGCAAUGUUAUUGGAGCUGAAGGAAUGGAGCGCUUAUGCACCGAGGCAUCUGUACCUAUGGAUGGGGCGUUGCCUCUUCUAAUCGCUUGGUCUGUAAAAGCCAAAACACUUGGUACUAUCACUCGGUCUGAAUUUACGGAUUCGUUCGGGAAACUCAAAAUUGACACCCCAGAGAAAAUGGCUCUGAUGGCAUUGGACCUAAAUUCGCUAUUCUUCGGGUGCAACAUAGCCGACCAAGCGUCACGAAUGUCUUUGGUAAACAACGGACAGGACUCAGACUCGUAUGAUCGCGCCCAGUUACGCUCGUUCCAACGAAACGCUGAAUCGGCCUAUGCCAAGUUCUAUUCGUUUUGCUUCGGCCUAGUUAAGCCUCCCCAAUCAAGAAAUAUUGACAUGGAGACUUCAAUGGCUUUUUGGUCUGUUAUCCUGGCACCCAAAUAUUCCAUUGCGAGUGAGCUACUCGAGUUUAUUGCCGAAAAAGACACAUACAAAGCAGUCACAAAAGAUCUAUGGGGCAUGACACUCGAGUUUUGCAAGACAGUUCAGCCUGAUUUGACUGGCCUUGACGAAGAGGAGGCAGCUUGGCCAACUCUCCUAGACGACUUCGUUGAGUGGAAAAAGGCUAAGGCUGCAGCGAACACUGAUGAUGCUGUAAUGGCCGAUUAA